GGUAACCAAUCUUCACCAAGAACUGCCGUUCUCGUAUAUAUCCCGGCUUUUUUUGGCACGCAUGGAUAACCUUUGGAUCCCUGCACUGCACAGAGACCAUACCAUGGCUCAAGCUCGCGUCGCUCUGGCUCUGUUGUGCGCCCUGCUCCUCGUCGCCGGCGUGGCACCGAGAGCCGAGGCGGUCUCCUACAACGUCGGCAACAGCGCCGGGUGGGAUCCCAGCGCCGACUUGCCGUCGUGGGCCGGCGGCAAAACCUUCUACGUCGGCGACGUUCUAGUGUUUCAGUACUCCAGCUACCACACGCUGGACGAAGUCGACGAGGCCGGGUACAACAACUGCAGCGCCGCGGACGCGGUCCUGUCCCAGAACGACGGCAACACGACGGUGCCGCUGGCGGCGGCCGGCGACCGGUACUUCAUCUGCGGCAACCAGCUGCACUGCCUGGGCGGGAUGAAGCUGCACGUGCUGGUCAACCAGCCGGCGGCGGGAGGAGGAGCUCCGGCGGGCGCCCCGCCGCAGUCGCCGCCGCAGACGGGCUCCGGGGCCACCCUUGGGCCUCCUACCACCGACGACGACGCGGGCAUCCCCUACCUCGUGCUCGGCGGGUCCCACCGAGCUACGGUAGGCCCCUUGCUGGUGACCUGGCUGCUCGUAUUAGCAGCGGCUCUGAUUGUAUGAAGAUUGUUGAGGAAGAGGUGUUUUGACUUUGAUUUUUAUUAAGCUUUAAGAGUUAAGACUUAUUGUAGGCAAAAUUACCUAAACCCUCAAUUUUGAAUAUUUGGCGGUUCAUCCCUACUACUUCCUUGAACUUCAGUCAGCGCCCGGACGAACGGCGGACGUAUGUAGUUCACGUAGAUGAACCGCAUGACCACUUGGGAGGAGCAGGCUGCUGGCCGGUGGCCGCAUCGGCAACCAACCGUGUAAAACGCCAAACCGCGCACACGGCGGCAACAGGACCGGGGACCGGGGCCGCCGAGCAUGGCAGACGAGACACGAAGCGCUAGUACCCCCGUACGCCUCGUCAUCGGCAGCAGGUGACUCGGGGUCCAUCUCCCAACGAUCACACGUACAGAGACGGUACAGUACAUGCCGGUACGUGGUGGAUCCGUCGCUCACCAGUCCCAGCUGGCAGCUGCUCAUAUGGUUCAUACACAUUCGAUACGACGAUGCCCUCUCACAACCAUGCCAGCGCCAAGCAACACACGACCGACCGCGCGACCGGCGCAUGUUUCGCCGCGGCGCCCCCGCCCCACGCGCUCGCGACAGAGCCACCACAGUAGGAUUCACAGGGCAAGUCGAUCUCGAGUGCACUACCUGCGACCGCCAGCAGCGAUCGAGCGAGCUCGACCACGCGGUGCCAGUAAGAAGAUGAUGGUGCACUGGCAGCCUACCACCUCAUUGCUCUGUUUCCCCACUCUCUCUCUCUCUCUGCCUCCUCCCUCAACCGACGCCAUGCCUUCGCCGUGUCAUGCUGACGGUUCCCUCGGCGAAUUAGUGGCUUUUUUCUUUUUCUCUCUCGGUGGCGUAGUGGAGCAUGGAGUGCUUACCCGUCACGCGCUGCACCUGCACGGUGUGUCAGUCAGGCUAACAAAUGUCAAACGCGAACAAAACGGUGGGUGGUGGAUGAAUGAUUUGAGGAUGUAUCAUUGGGCUCGCUCCGUUUCGUCACCUUUUGGGAGCAGCGGCCACGGCCCGCGCCUGGCCCCUGGCCACCCACCCGGUGGACGACGCGGCAGCAGUGUCCCUACGGAUCCUCGUCCCUCGUGGUGCCGAGAGUCUCACAUGCUUCUGCGAUUUGGCGCAUGCACGGCUGCGUUGUAGUACGUGCGUCGCGUUUCCUGUCACUUCUGUCGGUACCGCUACAAGUUCCUGUCUUGACUCCUAAAAACUGUCGGCAAGAGAGCACCCGGAUCUACCAUCGUCAGUGCCGUACUGUUACACUUACAGCUGGUCACGGAAACUUCUUAUUCGUCUUCGCCUGCAUCUACCUAUAUGGCUUUGUUUAGUUGCAACGUUUCUAUUUAGUAAAUACUAUCUAAUUAUAAACUAAGUUUAAAAAAUUUGUUUCACAAAUUACAGUUAAUACAAUUAGUUAUUUUUUCUUAUCUAUAUUUAAUGUUCGUAUUAUAA